AGAUUUCCUGGCAAGAGCAGUAGGGUGAAACUGAGAAAAGGGUCCAACCAAGACCCAAGCAAGGACGUCCCACGAGCACUGCGAGGACUUCUGCACCCAGCUUUGCCAUUCGGUCCUCAAUGGCGAGAAUCUCUGCUCCCACCGCUCUAGCCAUUUUUCUGACUUGCCUCUUCUCUGGAGCACACGGCCAGACCCCAGGGGCUUUCCAGGAGAGCACCGUCCCCUUCGAGGUGCUUAGCCAGGAGCAGGCUUACAGUCUGGUCCAGCCAAGCCUGUUCCAGGAUGCCAAGCUGUCGAACCACUCGGAGAGCCUCCCCAGGAGCACCGGCUCUGAGCCACCCCUGCUGCCCGUGUGCGUGAAGCCUGCAGAUAUCAGACACAUCUUCAAGUACAUCAACACCAUCGUGUCCUGCACCAUCUUCAUAGUAGGGAUCAUCGGGAACUCCACGCUCCUGAGGAUCAUUUACAAGAACAAGUGCAUGAGGAACGGGCCAAAUGUCCUUAUUGCUAGCUUGGCGCUCGGCGACCUUCUCUACAUCCUCAUUGCUCUGCCCAUCAACGUAUAUAAGCUCUUGGCAAAGGACUGGCCCUUCGGUGUCCAGGUGUGCAAGCUGGUCCCCUUCAUCCAGAAGGCCUCAGUGGGCAUCACGGUCCUCAGCCUUUGUGCUCUCAGCAUUGACAGGUACCGAGCAGUGGCAUCCUGGAGUCGGAUCCAGGGGAUAGGAAUCCCCAUGUGGAAGGCAGUGGAGGUGCUGCUGAUCUGGGCAGUGGCCAUCGUGCUUGCAGUCCCCGAAGCUAUAGCCUUUGACAUGGUGGAGCUCAGCUACUGGGAACAACACCUGUGGGUGUGCAUGCUUGCCUCCGAACAGAAAUCCAGCUUCAUGAUGUUCUACCGUGAUGUGAAGGACUGGUGGCUUUUCGGCUUCUAUUUCUGCCUCCCCUUGGUAUGCACUGGCAUCUUCUACACCCUCAUGUCAUGCGAGAUGUUGAGCAAGAGGAAUGGCAUGAGAAUUGCUCUGAAUGACCACAUGAAACGGCGCCGGGAAGUGGCCAAGACUGUGUUCUGCCUCGUGGUGAUCUUUGCACUCUGCUGGCUGCCGCUCCACCUCAGCCGCAUCCUCAAAAAGACCAUCUAUGACCAGACGGACCCCAACAGAUGUGAACUGCUCAGUUUCCUCCUAGUGAUGGAUUACUUUGGGAUCAACAUGGCCUCCCUCAACUCCUGCAUCAACCCUGUGGCUCUCUACUUCGUCAGCCGGAAAUUCAAGAACUGCUUCCAGUCCUGCCUGUGCUGCUGGUGCCAGAGACCAGCUCUGAGCAUCACGCCGACAGACGAGAAGGGCUCUGUUGGGAAGUGGAAAGCCAACGGGCAGGAGCUUGGGCUGGACCGGAGCAGCUCCCGCUUGAGUAACAAGUACAGCUCUUCCUAAAGCCAUGCCACCCGCGGGGCCGAGAGGAGAAGGCACUGUGCCAAGACGGCAGGACCCCUCCGUUUCUCUCACACAGCUGUUUCCUGGCUGGGCCUGAAUUGUUUUUGCCUUCGUGUUGUAAUCCACCUGGAAGGAGCUGCAGCAUUUCACGGACCCCUGGGACUAGCUCUGAACACAGCCUCUGAACCAUGCUGAUCCGUCCUCUGGUCCAAGUCGCCUCUGGAGGAGGGGGAAGGGGAUUCAGACCCUUGUAGGAUUUUUCAUUUCCUUGCAGGAAAACCAAGUGACUUACGGCCAUUUAUCUUGGGUAGAAACGUGGGGCAGGGGGAUGAGUGUGAAAAGGGAAGGAAGGUGGAAAUGUGGUCACUUUGAGAUGGAUGUGGGAUGAGGAGGGGAGGGAUAGGACCACGAGUGACAAUUUCCAGCGGAAAAAGCCAAAGAAAAACUUUGAUAACAUCCCUUAUCAUCUCCCUCUGUUGCUGGGACAGUUUGUCCCUGGGCAGAGAGCCAGGAUAAGGUCCAGGCACCAUGUAUGUCCGGUAGACCGUCAAUGGCCUGAAAUCUCCUCCUGUUCAUCGUAGGGAGAGAUGGGCAGUAACUUGGCUUCAUUGUGUGACCAACCUGACCUGGGGAGCCCUAAAAGCCCCCCUCCUCUUUACCUUUUCCUGGGAAAUCUGCCCCA